AUGGAAUUCAGACCAGACCUUGAGUCCCAAAAACCAACCCCGCAGGUCAAUUCUCCCCACGACUCGGAAUCAGAAGACGACCUGGCCCUAAAACCUCAGGCCUCAAACGCCUAUGGCAUCCCGACAUGGCGCAAAUGCCUCAUCCUUUUUGUCGUUAGCUGGAUGACACUAGCUGUCACAUUCUCUAGUACUUCACUAUUACCCGCAACCCCGGAGAUUGCUACCGAGUUUUCUACUACAUCGGAGAUUCUCAAUGUUACAAACGCCGGUGUUCUAAUUGCUAUGGGCUUUUCGUCUUUUAUUUGGGGUCCUAUCACCAGCCUAUUCGGGCGUCGCAAUGCCUAUAAUGCAGCUAUCCUUGUCCUUUGUGCAUGCUCGGCCGGUACCGCCGCGGCGUUCAAUUUGCAUAUGUUUAUCGCAAUGCGCAUUUUGGGAGGCUUUACAGGUACCUUCUUCAUGGUUGCUGGGCAGACUAUUCUUGCAGACAUCUUUGAACCGACUGUGCGUGGAACAGCUGUCGGCUGCUUUAUGGUUGGAUCUGUCAGUGGGCCUGCAAUUGGACCCUGUAUCGGCGGCAUUAUCGUCACAUUUGCUCAGUGGCGCAUUAUCUAUUGGCUUCAAUUCGCGAUGACUUUACUCGGCCUCAUCUUGUCUCUUCUCUUUGUGCCAAGUAUCCAGGAAAAGAAACGGGAAUCCGAGAAACCAUUAAAGUUUUGCACUAUUAUGGGCAUGUUCAACCCAAUGCUCGUCUUCCGUCACUUCGUGUAUCCCAAUGUCUUUUUUGCAUGCCUCACGUGUGGUCUCCUUGCCACGUUCCAAUACACAAUUCUCACAUCAGCCCGCUCAAUUUUCAAUCCACGUUUCAACCUGACGUCUCCCCUCAUCAGCGGCCUAUUCUACCUCUCCCCGGGAAUGGGUUUUCUGGUGGGUAGUGUGGUCGGUGGCAAGCUGUCCGACCACGCCGUGAAAAAAUGGAUUAUCAAACGAAACGGGGUGCGCCUGCCUCAGGACCGACUGAACAGUGGUAUUGCCACCCUCUUUGGGGUCCUCCCGGUUGCAACAUUAAUCUACGGCUGGACCUUAGAGGAAGAAGUGGGUGGUAUGGUUGUGCCAAUUAUCGCCGCUUUCUUUGCGGGCGUAGGGCUUAUGGGUUCCUUCAAUGGACUGAAUACUUAUACGGCUGAGGCUAUUCCGCAUGUUCGCUCGGAGGUUAUCAGUGCAAAGUACGUAGUGCAGUAUAUCUUUGCUGCCGGAGCAACGGCGGUCGUUGAGCCGUUAAUCAGCGCUAUCGGAGUAGGAUGGACAUUUACAAUCUGUGUAUUCUUUGCUAUAAUAGGUGGCUUCCUUGUGCUUGCUAUCACAAAAUGGGGCAUUGACAUGCAGCGAUGGUCUGAAAGGAAGUUCAGCCUCGAUGUGAAGUCUUGA